AUCCACAACAAGAGCAAAGCGGAACCUCUCAGUGAUUACAGUCCAGUCCAACGCUCUUCAGACGAAGGCACUGGAUAUCCUUGAGUUUCUACAGGCCCUCCUCUUAUAUCUAAUCACACCUUUAAAAUAUAGUGAGAGGAGUGGCUUUUCAGGACACGCUCACUCCUUCGCCAGUGGCCAGCCACUUCAGGCUGUUACAGAUUUGUGGAACUGCACAUUACGACAGAGCAGCAGUUGGUGGGGUGUGUGGGACGGGGCCAUGGAGGCACCUGAGGUGGAAGGCCGCACGUUUAUGCAAGUGAUGAGUGAGAAAUACAGCCCUGAGAACUUCCCCUACCGCCGGGGCCCUGGUAUUGGGGUGGUUGUCCCGUCUGGCCAUCAGGGCUCUCCUAUGAAAGACAGACUGAACCUGCCCAGUGUGCUGGUCCUGAAUGGCUGUGGAAUUAGCCUAGCAGGGGAUGAAGGAGAGAUUGCAGCUUUUUGUGCCCAUGUGGUUGAACUGGAUUUAUCUCAUAACAAAUUCCAGGACUGGAAUGAGAUCAGUAAGAUUGUUAUGAACAUUCCAAACCUGCAAUGCCUGAACCUUAGCUCAAACCCGCUGAGUGACGCAGCGCUGGAGUCGUUCUGUGCUGAGGCGUUAACUAGAGUGCACCGCCUCGUCCUCAACAACACUCAGAUUUCUUGGGACGUCGUCCACGCCUUCACGCGUGCGAUGCCUGAAUUGGAGGAGCUUUUCCUGUGCCUUAACGAGUACAGCACUGUGAUGGUGUCUGCCACUCCAUGUCAUUCUCUGCGGCUGCUGCACAUUACAGACAACAAUCUGCAGGACUGGAGCGAGGUGCGCAAGUUCGGCACCAUAUUCCCUUCCCUCAACACGCUCGUCUUGGCUAACAACAACCUGAACUCCAUUCUUGACUCUGAGGACAAUCUUCGCCGACUCUUUCCUAAUCUGCGUAGCAUCAAUCUGCACAACUCGGGUCUCAGUCGAUGGGAAGACAUAGAGAAGUUAAAUUUUCUACCCAAGCUGGAGGAAGUGAGAUUGCGGGGCAUUCCUCUGCUGGAGACCUACACUAACACAGAGAGGCGCAGUCUCAUGAUAGCUCAGUUGCCUCAAGUGACUUGCCUCAACGGGAGCAUUGUUACAGAGUUAGAACGUGAGGAUGCUGAGAGGUUCUUCAUCCGUUAUUAUCGGGAUCACUCUGAAGAGGAGCUGCCUCACAGAUAUCACUGUUUGGUGACCAAGUACGGGAAGCUGGCGCCACUGGCCGAGAUCGACCUGCGGCCGCGCUGCCACGCUAAGGUGGAAGUGCGCUGUGAGGACCGGGUAGAGCAGGUGAAUAUCCGGCUGGAUCAGACCGUGGCUGAGCUGAAAAAGCAGCUGAAAGCAGUGGUGCGACUCUCAGUCACUAACAUGCGUCUCUACUACAUUGACAAGGACAUGCACUCAGCCUUUGGGCCUGAAGAGAUGAAGUAUAGCACAAGGGCCUUGCAUUCCUACAGCAUUCGGGAUGGGGACGAGCUCCUGGUGGUGCCCAAGACCAAAUGAGUGACUGGUAUAAGGAAUAAGAUGAAACUGCGCUGGAAUAAUUUGUGUCUAUACUAACACGCCAUAGACUCCACAAUGUGUGUGAGACAUGAUUCCAAAAAAAAGAUAUAUAAUAUAUAUAUAUAUAUAUAUAUAUAUAUAGGCUUUUCAGACCGCCUUGAAUUUUAGAGACAUUACAUUGUGUAUUAAAGGGCAUCUUGCAGCUCACAUUGCUGUUCAGUGUGUGUGCCGCUGCGUUUGUUGACAUGCCGUACAUUUGGCUUUCGUCAUUUAUGUUGCCUUUGACCAUGAAUGGGGUUUGCGGUUAACUGUUUAGUAAAUGCCUGUUUCUUUAAAAGGAAAGCACAAAAGAGCUUUGCUAGUUCAAAAAGUGCAUCCUGUGAAACUUGACAAUCAUCUGCCAUCAGUUAUAUUGUGGUUUGCCACAGGAGGGAGAAAAGGAGUCACACCCCAUGAUUGUCCUAAGGAGAAAAUGGUGGAUUUGUAGCUGGUAUAUGUAUAGCAUAACUCUCAGGCCACAACGUUCGACAGUAAUUAGUAAUCUGACAGUAUAAUAAGGAGGGACAUGCUAAAGAUAAAUGAGUUUAUUUAUUUUUUAAUUUUUGGUUUGUGCAUGAACACACUGCAAGUUAGUGUCUACCCUGGUGGUUAUCAGAAUAGAUGAUACUUGUACCACUUGAAUCCUGUGUGCACGAAGUUUGCAUGUUCUCCCAGUGCUUUCCGUUUUCCUCCGCAAGUCCAAAUACACAUGUUGUAGGCUGAUUGGCAUUUCCAGAUUGUCCGUAGUUGUGUGUGUGUGUGUGUAUGUGUGUGUGUGUGUGUGUGUUUCCCCUGCAAUGGGUUGGCACCCCGUCUAUGUGUUUCUUGUCUAUCGUGUUCUUACCUUGUGCCCCGAGAUCCCUGGGAUAGGCUCCAGGCUCCCUGUCACCCUUUGUAGAAAAAUGGAUGGAUGAAUGGAUAUUUGCUCAUUUUAAAUCAAAGAAAUAUGUGCCUACGCAGGCAUUAUAAAGUAAUAGAGGUACGUCUAUAGUGUUUAUAAAGUAUAAUGUAAGGUUGGAACAUAAGUAAUAACCUGAAUUAUAUCAUAUAUAUUGUCAUGCAAUUCCUACCUCCUGAAGUGCAGUCAAUGGUGCAGUGGAUUUCAGCUGCAUUUUUCUUAAUUUGUUUCCUUUUUCUUUUUAAAUCAAACUCAGACAAUUUGCUUAAUUUCUUUGUUGUUUGUUUGACUCGAUUGGAAUUAAAGACAAUGCUGUUGAAUAUAUACAUACGUAUAUAAGGAAAAUACAAUAUGUGAUAUGCUCCAUGCGUGACUUUACAGUUUUUUUCUUACAAAAAUAUUUUUCAUUAAAAAAAACUCAAGUAUAUUUAACCUCAUGUUGAAUAGAAAAGGUUAGGAAUUUUUCAGGGUAUAACAGUGUUUGUCAUGUGUUCUUUUUUUUUUUUUUUUUUUUCUUUAAAUAGUAAAUUGAUUGCAGCGAAUGCUUUAUGGAGUGGGAGGUCAAUAUUAGAACUUGACAAUUUACAUUAAUACCAUGUCAGAAUUUGGGUAGCAGAUUUCUAUAAUAAUUACCAUUAAAUUUCAGUAGAUGUGUGCUUUAGCAUUAGUAUUAUUAGCCAUAGACAAGGAUUUGCAGUUCUUAGAUUAAUCUCAAUUCUACAACCUGAAUAAUUUUUAUAGGGUUUCAAUGCAACUCCUUUACAUUCCCUUAUUGUUUUAUUGUGGUUAUUGAUUAUUGCAUAGUGUUCUCCUUAGUGAGAACUAGAAGAUUAUUUCUUGUUUUUUGUAGUUAUAAAAAUGAUUAUACUAGAGGUAAUUAAGUUUAUGAUAUAACGAUCAUAUAUUAUGUUUAUAUUAUUGAUGACAGACACUGUUCUUGUAUCUAUGUAGUCAUUAAAUGGACAACUGAAGUUCAGUGUUGGUAAUUCCAAGCUUAGAGGAUACAUGGAAGUCAGUGUGAGGAAGUAAUCCUGAAAUUUUAGCUAGGAAUCCCAAUGAACACGAAGCGUGGUGUUAACUGUGGUGAUUUGUACACUUGUUUUGUUUUGUUUUGUUUUUCUCCAAAUGGUUAGGAGUAAAUUCUCCUAAUCAUAUUUCAUAACAAAGUAAUGUCGUUAUCUUCUAUACCUUAUAGAUUGCGUAUAAUAGUAUUGCAGUGAGUAGUUGGUUAGAGAAAUAAUCGAAAUUUGAAUUAAUCUGUAUAACCACAUAAUCAUAUUUGAAGAGAAAAUAAAAACUAAUUGCUUUGUAGGAUAUAUUCAAUUCAGGGACUUGUCCAUAUAAAACAAGUUUCCCUUUAAAUAAAAUAAAAUUAAAAAAAAAAAAAAAAAAAAGUACUUGGAGCAGAUUCUUUGGCUUCGGAUGUUAACCUAGUUCAGCUAUAAGUAAACACUGUAGAUUUUUAAAUUACACACAAAAUUUUAUACACAGUUGCCAUGCUUGUACCCAGUACAUCGAUGUUGAAGCCAGAAAGGAAGUGAAUCAAAUUCACACUGAAGGUGUUUAACGACAGACGUUAAUAUGAUCCCUUUUUUAAGUGGUAAUGGAUAAUGAAAAAGAUGCCGUGUUGAUUUUGCUCAUUGCACUGUAAUGGUAUUCUGGUGUUAUGUAUUUUUCAAUUACAUUAGCAGGAUGCAUUUGUAAAAAUGUGUUCAUUUAUAUAUUUUCCAACAAUUUGUUGAUGGAGUUAUUCUUAAAUUAAUUUAUUUAAUUUAUUUUUCACAGAGUAAUUUUUGUCAAGUUUAUAUCAGAGCUACAUUUAGUUUUCCCCUUAUUUUGAUGCUAUUCUUAAACCUUGCUUUAACCAUUAAAGGAGAAUUUUCCAUAUCAGUUUAACUUUAUGAUGAACGUAUUUUGGGAAAGGUCUCAAACAAUACAAUAUAUUGGAACAUAAAAGACAACCUAUUUUACUCUGCCUAUUGAAUGCAUUUAUUCUCUAUCAACCUGAGCACUGAAACCCUGACUGAAUGGAUUAUCCCUGCAUAAACAGCGGUGUGACUUUCAA